AACAAGGUCUAUAAAAAAACUCCUACAAAUACCUUUCAUUCAUAACUCAUCCAAUUUCAUAACAGAACAAAACAAUAAUAUCUUCUAUCUCAAUGGAUUCAUUCUCAUCGUUCUUCGAUUCACAAUCGCAAUCGGCUUCUCGUAACAGCUGGACUUACGAUUCUCUCAAGAAUUUCCGUCAGAUUUCUCCCGUUGUUCAAUCUCAUCUCAAACAGGUUUAUCUGACACUAUGUUGCGCGCUAGUAGCAUCAGCCGUGGGGGCUUAUCUUCACAUUCUAUGGAACAUUGGAGGUCUUUUGACCACCUUUGCAACCAUAGGAUGCAUGUCUUGGUUACUCGCCACUCCUCCAUAUGAAGAGCAAAAAAGGGUUUCACUAUUGAUGGCAUCAUCCCUCUUCCAAGGAGCCUCUAUUGGUCCGUUAAUCGAGCUGACCAUUGACUUUGACCCAAGCAUUUUAGUGAGCGCGUUCGUGGGGACCGCCAUUGCGUUCGCCUGCUUUUCAGGAGCUGCCAUGUUGGCAAGACGUAGAGAGUAUCUUUAUCUAGGAGGCCUUCUGUCUUCUGGUGUUUCUAUACUCUUCUGGUUGCAUUUUGCUUCAUCCAUCUUUGGUGGUUCUAUGGCUAUGUUCCAGUUUGAGCUGUAUUUUGGGCUUUUGGUGUUUGUUGGGUACAUGGUAUUCGAUACACAGCAGAUCAUCGAAAAGGCUCAUCUUGGAGACUUGGAUUAUGUCAAGCAUGCACUCACACUCUUUACCGACUUCGUUGCUGUCUUUGUUCGUAUCCUCAUUAUCAUGCUGAAGAAUUCGGCUCAAAGGGAAGAGAGGAAGAAGAAGAGGAGGGAUUAGGGUGUUUCGACUUGAGAAGAACUUCAAAUAAUAGUAAUAAUAAUAAUGAUGAUGAUGUAAGCUGACUCUGCUUUAUCUUGUGGUACAUAAGUUUUUCACGCAUGUGUUGUAUUUCAUUUGGUGUCUUUUUGUGA